AAGUUAACGAGGUAUAGGAAAGAUUAGUUUUGCUCUAUAGGCCUAUUGAUUUAAAUUUCUAAAAAUCUGUUAAAAUGUCAACAACAGCUGAAGAUUUUCUUCACAGAACAUAUAAAAGUACCAAUGUUUCCACGCCAACUACCAAAUUGUGGAGAAAUGACGAACAAUAUGAGUCGUCUGAUGAGUCGUAUUCAGAAGAGACUAUAUUAAACGUUGAUAAUUUCACAGAAGAAAGUAAAUUAGAUGGUCAUGUAUCAGAUGAAUCAAUGGGUGGAUCUUUACCAAUUGCCACAACUAAAACAGAGAUCAGUUUACCAGGUUCUAGAAGAAAAACAAAGAUAAUUGAUAAGAAGGUUAUAAGUGAAGGAGAAGUUUUGCGAAAAAACGGGCGUUUACUUCGAAUGAUGUACAUGUUACAAUUACGUAAACGAUCUCAAAGUUCACCGCAAACAAACGCAUUUGAUAACACUUCAGCAUCAACAAGUAAGUCCAAUCAGCCACAACCAGAGGUUCAGCUUGUUGGAGCUGAAACGCCAUUAAAGAAGCACAAUGAUGAGGUCAAGAAAGAUGUUACUAAGGUUACAGGAGAAAAGGUUAACCGAAACCCCACCCAAAGCUCCGAUCCACGACGAUUAUUGCGCAAAUUUAUCAAUACGGGAAGGAUAGAACAUUAGAUCGAUGUCCAUUGGGGUAGGGAACUUAACUCAUAGGGUGCAUAUAAUGGAGAAAGAAGUUUUUAUUUUAUAGAUCCCGAGAUGAAUGGUAUGGUCUCUCUCAAUUCAUUCAUCGAUUGGCUGAGGCAUUCCAGCGCCUCAGUUUCAUACACCAAUAAAUUGAACUUUAACCAUU